UCUAUAUUCGAUUGAGAACGAACGCAUUUCCAAAAUAUAUAUAAAAUAGAUUUAUAGUACGUUUUCCUCUUAAAUUUGUAGAAAAUAAUUAAUAAUAUUGUUUAUUUCUUCCGUAAUGAUGAGAGUUAAGAGAUUUCUUGUAUUAUUUUUUGUGUGCGCAAUUCAAGUUCGUGCAUUUUCUGAUGUUGGCCAACAGAUGAUUGAUGCCGCUCGAAUUGGGGACGUAGAAGUAAUCAAAACAUUAAUCGAUCAAGGAGUGAGUGUGAAUGUCGAAGAUGAAGACAAAGAAACACCACUUCAUGUGGCAGCUCAUAGUGGUCAUACUGAUGCAGUCAAAUACUUGAUCGAAAUGGGAGCGAAUGUAAACGCUGUAAAUAAAAAGAAUGAAACACCACUUUUCUGGCCCGCUUUAAAUGGUCAUACUGAUGUAGUUAAAUGCUUAAUCGAACAUGGUGCGAAUGUAAAUGUCCGAAAUUUUGAUGAAGACAUACCAUUACACAAGGCUUCUUAUAGUGGUCACAUUGAAAUAAUUAAAAUUUUAAUCGAUCACGGUGCAAAUGUAAAUGCUAUAAGCAAAAUUAGAGAAUUACCACUUCAUGCUGCUAUUAAACGAGGUAACACGGAAGCAGUUAAAUAUCUAAUUGAUCAUGGAUCGAAAGUAAAUGUCGAAAAUGAAAAUAAACAAACGCCACUUUUCUGGGCUGCUUCAAAUGGCGACACAGAUACAGUUAGAUAUCUAAUUAAGCAUGGAGCAAACGUGAAUGUUGAAAAUGAAGACAAAGAAACACCACUCCAUAAAGCUGCCCAGCAUGGCAACCUUGAGACUAUUAAAUUGCUGAUUAAAUAUGGUGCCAAUAUAAAUGCUCGAAAUAAUGAAAAUGAUACUGCACUCACGCUGGCGAACGUAUUUGGUCACAAACGUAUUGCUUACUAUCUAAUGGACUUUGAUACAAAGAAUGACGGUGACAAAGCCGAAUGAAAAUUAUAAAUAAAUCCAUCUGAUAAAAAAAUAUAAUGCACAUCAUAUAAUUUAUCGUAAUAUUUUUUUUAUUUGUUGCGAUUUCAGGUCGUUUUUAUCAAAUUCGACGCGAAAAAACUGCUGUAAUGUGAUUCAAAGUCUACCGAGGAGGUAUUGGCAGUUUACACGAUGUAAAAUUUCGGUAAAAUUUGAAAGCAGUCUAUUUUGUAUCAAAGCAUUACCACUUUUUUCAUCUCGAAUUUGCUGAAAACGACCUGAAGUCGUAAAAUAUAAAAACCAUUUUAGUGGUACCCCGGUUCUUAAGCAUAUCUCACCUCAAAAGUGUAUAGGUUGAUCUAACUCAAUCGUAUCGUUAUACUUAAUCAUCCGAAAAAAUUGUGUUGCCUUCUUUUGAAUAGGUUUGCUGUGGGCUCAGAAUUAUUUUUUAUUUGUGUUUAUUAACGAAUAUGCACACAUUUUAGCUUUUUUCACAAUAAAUAUUUAGUCAUAAUUUUUCAGUGUUAUACUUUGCAUCUAUUUUUAAAUAAUAUAU